UAGCUGAUGUUAUCUAGGGGCGACGUCAGCGCACCAUGAGCUGGAAAGUUGGCUGGGGCGAGCCUCUGAAUGCGGAGCAUGCGAUUGCCUCUGUGUGCCACCGGAGAUUAGAUCCGCUGAGUUUGGUGCAGUUGCAGGAGGUGCUGACGGGUCGCUGGCAGACCCAACAUCCGCGGACCUGGAGCACGCGAUCCACUGGCGCGGCGGUAUCCUUGACACCGCUGGCUCCCUGGACGCCGUCUCAUUCAAACCUCGAGACCUCCUCGUUUGGUCUGCCGGACGUGCGUGAGGCCACCCGCACGCCGGGAGGGAGGCUUCGAACAGAGCUGCCGGCAUUGCCAGGCGUGGAGCCGAUGUCGUCACCUUCGGCAAGUAAACAUGCGUUCCGGAACGCAACCAGUGCGUUCCGGACGGAAUUGAAAGGUUCUGCAUCGGUACCAGACUUGGCAGGGCACGAUGCACCCAGAGCAUUGGGACUUUCAACAGAGGUCCGCAGUUUUCUCCGCUCUCGGCAGUCAAGCAAACCUCAUCGCUCUGGCUUGUCUUCGGAAGCAGCAUCUGGUGGGACUUCUCGCUGGAUUCCAGAUUUGCAGUAGUGACAGCUGAGACGCGCGCUUUGGUGGCAGAGUGUGAGAGCUUCUGUUUGCCACAGUUUCACUAGAGGAACAUCGAGAGGAUGUACCCAAGCAC